UUGUUUACCGCGUUUAGACGCGCGUGUUUUCGCUCCAUGUAACGUGUAACGGAUCGCGCUUUAUCUCCGGCACUUUUUAUACGUUUGUGUGAGUGUUGUUUUUUUAACAAAAAAAACGUGUUGCUCCAUCAACGGAACAUUUAAUCAGAAUAAUUCGGGAAUUUGCAAAAUGUAACGAAAAAAAACACGGUUUUGGGUUAAACUCUCUCCCGUAUCUCGGAGUUAUUUAUUUGUACGGUGCUCGCUGUCAAAUGCAUACAGAACAUCGUCGGCGAUUGUUCACGCUUUAUUGUUACUCCCAAUUGUUCACUAACAAUAAAACUAUUAUUCCUGGCUAUCUUUUAUUCUCUGUCUCUCAUUUUUCCCUAAACAAAAACUUUGUAUGUUUCGCGUGAGAAAACGAAAAAAAAAAAAAAAACAAGUUUUGCUGUUCGUUUAUUCCGACGAAUGGCGAUAAAAUUGGAUGAUGAGUGAUUCGGAUGAUACGGAUGUUCUUCUGUUGAUACCGCCAGAUUUAUUCACUGUUGCGUCCUCGGAUUCGGAUGACGAUUCCCGUGUCGGUCACGCAAGAAAAUACCGUGAAACCAGCGUGGUUUCCGAAAUCUUGGAGCACGUCCAAUCCCUCGAGAAUAGAAUUAACGUUAUCGAGUCCAGGGAUAAUAGCCUCGAAGUUUCACUGUUGAAUGCUUCAUUGGACUCUUAUUCACAAGCAAUCUCUCAUCCUAACAUUGAAUUUUCCCCCACAAAGAUAUCCCAGCCAACGCACUCUCUUUCUCGGUUGUCCAGCCUGCAGAACACUCCUGUUAAACCUCUGUGCUGCUCGUCCUCAAAAUCGUCACCCGGGUGUAUUCCUCUGUCCAUAGUGACUAACACCCCGAGAGGUAAUCCGCCAAACCGUUUUAGACGUUCCAAGCUCUCCGAUGUUACUAAUCCGACUAACUCGUCUCGUAUAUGGCAAAAACGAGAAGACCUAAUUAAUUUGGGGACUCCUGUGAAGCAGUCUUUUGAAAACAUCCAAAAUUCACCCAAACUGGAGAGACACUUUAUGCAUAGCUUUGUCACAGAUCAGGAGAGAAGCAAAGAGUCUUCGGAAUGCUUGAUACAUGGUAAAUCCAGUUCAAAUCAAGAAGCUAAAAAGGACAUAGGAGAAAUGGAACUUUCAGAGGUGGAUGAGCUCCUCCAGGAAAUGGAAGCUACCGAAAUUGAAUUAGCAAGAAGAAUUGACAAUUCGAAUGCUCGGCGAUGCAGCGAAGAACAAGAAGGCUCAAGGAAUUUCACUGACUAUUCUACUGUCCCUUGCGGCAAGAUUCUGAAAGAAACCAAAUUCUCAGCAAAGUCACCCAUGCGUAGAUUAGACUUCCAAUUCGCCGACGUGGACUUUCAGAGGCCUUUUACUUCGCUGAAUUUUCCCCGGGACAAGGUGCAUGCCGAUGUGUCGCUCCCUGAAGAUAUUUUUCCCUCCGAAGAGACUAAGCCACGCUUCACCGAUUUCAAAGUUUGGGACAGAAGCGUAGGAAAUUUUGACCACGUCAAAAAUGAACCCAACAAUAAAAAUACUGAAAAACCAAUAAAACUAAUAGAGGAACACGAUGGAAAUUCAGAAAAAGUCUCUGACCGUGGAAUCAUUCGUCGCACAGUUAUAUCCUCCAAUACUGCGGAAAAUCCUACUUUGGAAAACUCUGAACCUUUGGAUGUCCAAACUCAAAUGCCCAGCAUCAAAAGCUCGAGCGCUCGAUCGAUGCCUAAUAUGAAUAAUUCAAUGUCUGUUCUUUAUGGAAAUACAGACAAUGGAAAAUUACACAGUAACGGAUUCGUCCAUGAUGGAACUAACGACACUGUGGACAGUGGUUUACAAGGCACGAGACAGUCUCAGAACACUGACGAAUUGCAACAAACUAUCCGAGAGAUCCGAAUGACAGGAAAACAGGGAAUGAAUUCUCUUUCAACCAGAAGUAUUGAAAAUUGUCCAAGGAAAACACAACGUCUCCUUGCUCUUUCUGAUUUCUGGGACUGCGACGGUACAAAAUCACAAGAAGAAAUGUUGCGCAUCAAAUUGGAGGAGGAAAAGUUCAGAAGAGAACACUGCGAGCACCUUAUUCAAGAGUUACAGAAACGACUACUAGAACAACAAGAAAAAGUAGCGGUUGCCAUCCGCGUGGAUAAUGAAAAGAAUGCGGCAAUAUCGCAAUUCCAGGAAGCUUGGUCGAAGUUACGACAAAGAUGGGAGACUUUAGAAAAAGAUCAUUCAGAACUGGAGUCGACUUUGAAAAGUUUGACAGAAAAACAUAAUUCUGAAGUAUCGGCAUAUCAGCAACAAAUAAAACGUGGCGAAGGUGAAUUAUCGAAAGCUCUUGAUCUGGCCGCUGGAUACAAGGAAAAGAGUGAUUCUUUGGUGAAAGAAAAACUUGAACUUUUAAAAGCGCACGCGGACGAGCUUGAAAAUUAUAAACUACUCGUGCAGGAAGCUGAGCAACGAUACGAAAAUCUGAAAGAAGAUUACAGUAAACUUGUAGAAAGAAACAGACAAUUGGAUGAAAUCGAUAACAACCUGCAACAAGAAUUGAACAAAGAACGUUUACGAAAUUCAGAAGUGAGAUCGGAAAUGGGCGCUAUUCAUAAAGCAUUGGACGCCUGCGAAGCCGAGCUCACUAUUUUGCGACAGGAAAAGGAGAAUUUGCAGCUCAAAAUAAAGGAAGAAGUUACGAGAAACGGAAUUCUCGAACAAGGCAGAGCUGCUCUUCUUCAAGCUGUCAGCGAAGCCCAAAACUUAGAGAAAGCAGCCAAAGACGAGAUAAAAUCACUCGUUGAUCGUCAAGAUCAAAUCAGGUCUGAACUUCGUGAAAUUUAUCAAAAUCAGCUUGACGACGUUGUGAAAACAAAGUUGAAAGAGUUUCAAGGACAACUGGACGCUGCCGAGAUGGCAUUUCAAGCUGAUCUCGAGACAAGACAACGCGCGAUUGCCGAAUGCGCAGCCAGAAAAAUCAAAGGCAUCAUAGACAAACAUCAGCUAGAAAUUAACUUGCUUGAAGAAAAACAUCUCGAGGAAAAGCGCUUGAGCGAAAUUCAACUCGCACAAGCUUCACAAAAAGCUGUUAUGCUGGAAGUCCAAUUGAAUACGCAACGUGCUGGGAAAACGCAACUUGCCGAGCAACUCCAUUCCGUCAUGCAAAAACAGUGGCAACAGGCUUUGCAAAUAAUAUCAGGUGGACAAAUAGAAAAUCUUUCGCCUCUGCAACGUUUGAACGUCGAGCGAAUUUCUGAAGGGAAAUCUUUGAAACGGUGCCAUUCCGCGUGUUGCAACAAGGAGCACAGAUCGGUGAGAUCGGAAUUGCGUUCGGCAAGCUCGCAAAACCUACAAACUGUGAAUUUACGUCAGGAACAAGAUGAGAGUCUCAUAACCCUGGCCUCGAACGACGAGACGCCUUUGUCAAGAAAAGAGUCGAAGGACGACCUUCGAAAAUACAUAAAAAUGAUUCUCGAUAUGCAACAACCAAAUAAGGAUGAAUUCGUGCGAGCAAAAUAUCAGGAAGAUACCAACGCAAGUCCACCUCCGGUCGUACGAGAAGUUCCUAGGAAGCACUACACGAAAAAAGAUUCUAAUGGUUUGAGCGAAGAAAGUGUCACGUGGCAGCGAGUCGAUGAGUCGUCCAUCCACGACACCAGUGAACACAUGCAAGUACCUCAUUUUCAGGGACCGAAGAUCGAACAGCCGAAAAACAAGCCACCAUGGAAAUGACCAAUAGUGAAAUUUCUCAUGCCGGAAGUAUACGGCGUUGAUGAAGUUGAUAUUUGAUUGUAAUUUACCUAUAGAUUUUUCACAUAGUUUUUUACUGCCUGGAAUAUUUUUGUACCAGUUUUGUAUACUUCAUAUAAAAAUAAAUAUGAAAACAUUCAUUGCA